AUGGAGAACACGAAGGAGGCCAAAAUGGGAGAAACAGAAUAUAAGCAGGGAAGAAUUGACUUCAAAAUAAGAACAAUAGAACUUGAUGGAAAGAAAAUCAAACUGCAGAUCUGGGACACAGCUGGCCAGGAAAGAUUUCGAACAAUCACAACAGCAUAUUACAGAGGAGCCAUGGGAAUUAUGCUGGUAUAUGACAUCACUAAUGAAAAAUCUUUUGACAAUAUUAAAAACUGGAUAAGAAACAUUGAAGAGCACGCCUCUUCAGAUGUUGAAAGAAUGAUCCUGGGUAACAAAAGUGAUAUGAAUGACAAAAGACAAGUAUCAAAAGAAAGAGGAGAGAAGUUAGCAAUUGAUUAUGGAAUUAAAUUCCUCGAGACAAGUGCAAAAUCCAGUAUAAAUGUAGAAGAGGCAUUUUUUACACUUGCACGAGAUAUAAUGACAAAACUCAACAGAAAAAUGAAUGACAGCAGUUCACCGGGGGCAGGAGGACCAGUGAAAAUAACAGAAAAUAGAUCAAAGAAGACCAGUUUCUUUCGCUGUACACUCCUUUGAUAAACU